CUCUGUCACGGGUUAUUUUAGGAGGAUAGUUUCAUCGAAGCGUCACCGGUGGCCCGCGGGUGAUGGAGAGACGGACGGUAUUUAAACUGCCCAGGAGAGUUCACUGCCACACUUCAGGACCGAAGCACACAGGCGUGGAUUCAAGAUGCCAAACUGGGGAGGAGGUGCCAAGUGUGCGGCCUGCGAGAAGACGGCGUACCACGCAGAGGAGAUCCAGUGUAACGGGAGGAGCUUCCACAAGACCUGUUUCAUCUGCAUGAGCUGCAGGAAAGGGCUGGACAGCACCACGGUCGCAGCGCACGAGUCCGAGAUUUACUGCAAGUCCUGUUACGGCAAGAAAUAUGGGCCAAAAGGCUACGGAUACGGGCAAGGAGCUGGAGCUCUGAGCUCUGAUCCUCCUGGACAGAACGCAGACCUGCAGCCUCAGAGCUCCAAAGCCCAGCCAGCUGCUUCAAACUCCACUGCCAAUAAGUUUUCCCAGAAGUUUGGAAGUUCAGAUCGAUGCCCUCGCUGCUCCAAAGCCGUCUACGCAGCAGAGAAGGUGAUGGGAGCAGGGAAGCCCUGGCAUAAAACCUGUUUCCGUUGCGCCCUGUGUGGUAAAAGUCUGGAGUCGACCACAGUGACAGACAAGGAUGGAGAGAUUUACUGUAAAGUCUGCUACGCCAAAAACUUUGGCCCGAAAGGAUUUGGGCUGGGGAACGAGGCCAUGUUGGAGGAACGACAGUGAGCGCUUGUGGUCUUGUGGUCACGUCACACGGCAGCUGUUUCAGUGGAGACUCGUGUAUCAAACAGCAGGGUCGAGCAAUACUUUGAAGUCAAGAUUAUCUUGAACAUUUGGGUAAAAUUUUGCAUAAUACUUAAGUGUUGAUUUUGAGUAUGAAAUAAAAUAACUUUUGAAACCUGAAAAU